AUGCAGAGCGUCGAGCAUUUUCACGAGAAGCUUAUCCUGCCCGACGAGGAGUUCGCGCUUCUUGAGGCGGCAGUGGCGGCCGCGGAGCGGGAAGCCUCUGCGCGGCAAGCUGCGCGUGCGGGUAGCUCCGCGACGAUUGUGGUGGGGGAACACCCGCGGGUGGACAGGAAGGCGGAGGUAGUGGGGAGAGCCCCCCACGCGCAAAACGAUGCGCCGCGCCGCGGGGGCAGGAGCGGGUCUGCGGGAAGCAGCGCGGAGGAGGCGUCGCGGCGGCAGCUAUCUUUAGAGACAACGCAGAAGUCGCUUUGCGGAUGGAUGCGACCGGAGACGCUUUUUGAGGCGCCUCGAAUUUCCGAGUCGCCUUUUCAGGCUCCUCAAAUGGCGGAGCCUGUGACAAGGAGGCCCCUUUUUCCGGACAUUGAGGACGUGGGGAGUCGCAAUGCGCUACCGGCGGAAUGGACACGUGGCGUUCCUGGAGGCGCUGAUGGGUGUGUGGGGGAACGCGAGGCGGGAAUGGAGGCUUGGGGAAUGAGUACAGAGGAGUGGUGUGAGCAGCGGGUGGUCUUCUCUCUCGCCCGCGGCGCCCCCCCGCCAACAGCAGCAAUGAGGGCGGGCGCGGAGAGGCACGCAGCGUUGGAGCGGGAGGUGGUGGAAGCAGUAGAGGUGGCCGUGCAAACCAGGGAGGACGCGUGGGCGCUCAGGCUGCUGGGGGCGGCUGCUAGAGUGCUGGCCCUGGGGGAGGGUGUGAGAGACGCGAUGGGGGAGGUGAUAGCUCCCCUUACUCUCUCCCACCCGCUCUCUCCCCGCCACAGGCUGCAGCUGAUGUGCUACAGCGCGCUGCUCACCACCAUGGUGCAGCACCGCCUGCCUCAGGAGCGCUUCUUCUCCUUCUUCGCCUGCACCCCCACACCGCUCUCUCCCAUCCCCUGCUCUCCACUGCAGGCUGCAGCUGAUGUGCUACAGCGCGCUGCUCACCACCAUGGUGCAGCACGGCAUGCCGCAGGAGCCAUUCUUCUCCUCCUUCCGCCUCCAACCCCACACCGCCCUCUUUCCGCAAGUUCUCGAGCAUGCUGCAGAGGUUUUCCCGUGGAGAAAGCCUCUCUGUGUUGGUGUGUUUUAAUCCUCUUGUGCUGCAUGUUUCAGAUCACCUGUCUCGCUGAUGUCACCGCUGCGGUGUCUCACGCCUUCCAGUCGCUGCAGCCGCUGCACUCGACCCUUCUCCUACGGUACGAGUGGCAGGCCGAUGGCUCGCUCAUUCACGAGGACCGCUUCCCCUAUGAUCCCCACUGGCUGCAAGCAAGCAUCUCCACGAGCCUCGAGUUCUGGCUUCGACGCCGCCGCCCUUUCACCGUGCCUCGUGAAGAGGCUUGGAAAUGCUCCUGGUGCUCGUUUGCGCCAGUUUGCCGCCCGGGUUUGAGGUGGAAGGGGCAAGCCGGGCAAGGGAGCAUGUCUCAGACUUGA